UCUGGGAUAGUCUGUCAGGGAUAUUUCCCAGACUCCCUUGAGGUCGGGUGGGAAGAUGGCGUAAAUAUGGCUGAUUGUUCUGUCUGGGUCGGUGGAUUUCCUGUGAAUGUGAACGAAAAUGUGCUGUACGACUUAUUUCAAAAAUUUGGCCCUUUAAAAAAUACAGUGAUACUUAGGGAUGUUUCUGGUAGGUCUAAACAGUGUGGUUUCGUCAAUUUCUUAUCGCAAGAGGUCGCCGAACUUGCAGCCAGAAAGAUGAAUGGAUUUGAGAUUUUGGGCGAGACGGUUAAAACGAAAGGGCCCAGGGAACUUUUAGCGACGAGAAGAUGUACAGAUACUGUUUCUGAAGAAGCUCUAAAUUUAGAUAAAAAGGACUUCAGAGGUCUGACCGACUGCGUAUUCUUCAUGGAAGGCCGUCGGUGUUCUCCGAAAUCAGGAGAGGUGAGACCUGCCAAAUUUUCCGGCAAGUUUACCGGUAAACAUAAUCUGACCCAAAUUACAUAAACGUCAAAUCAAAAUAAUUUUUCCUUUUAACGUAUUUCCUUUGAUUUUUAUUUCGCACUCACAUUAAUUGUUGAUGAUGUUAUUGGAUUUUUAGAUUUAAUUACGUAGAAUGUUACUUUCGCUAUUCAGUGUCCCUUCCGUCAUUGUACUGCGGCCCGGAAAACUGACGUUUUGUGCGACAAGUGGACGCAAAAACAGUGUACAGAAGUGUUUUGCUCGAAACGACAUCCUAAACUCAUCAAAAAACAAUCAGGUAUGAUGGAGAGGUCGUAUUCUCUCUUUGUAUGGGUUGAUAGUGUAAAGUAGAGGUUACGGUAACCACACUAUCAUUUAUAUUAUGCAACACAACAGAGUCACACAACCACGUCACGUUGUGCGCCGGUAGAUUACCAAAGUGUGUGUCAGAAAGUCAAAUUAGGGGAGAGUGAAUACAACCUAAGUUAUAAAAUGGAGAUGAUAAGAAGGCUGGUAAUUGCUAUUUGGAAGAACCUUGAAAUGUCUCUUUAUCACAGAAAUACAAAAAUUGGAUUUCUGUAGCUCUCCUUAAAAGCCAAGCUGCUAAAGAUUUGGUACGAGACUAUCCAAGCACCUUGUAAUUGUAUAUAUAUGUAGUGAUAGAUGUACAGAUUGAGGCUCUUAUUGGCUUCAACCGAACUUGAUGAUUGAUUGAUGGAUUUUUCAUAACUGCUAAUUUGUUAAUAGAUCACUUAUUUAAAGUAGUACCAGCCCGCUGUCCAUCCCAUAAUGCAUUUAAAUGUACUGGUGAAUGUGGCUUUGAUGAAUGUAACACUCACUUCAUGGAACAAGAAGCUUUACAAGAACACAUCAAUAGAGGACGUGAAAAAAAGUUUUCGCUGAUGUCAUCUUGCUCCCAGGUACUAACAACAUUUCAAGAACAAAAUGCAAUAUUUUGGAGGAAUCCUUUUUGUUCGUUCCUUUGUAAUAUGGCUGCUUUGAUUGGUGAAUUUGUAUUUACAGAUUUUGACUUGAAGCUUAACUCUCUUUGUUUGUUGUCUUGUGUUUCAGUGCAAGGCCAUUUUCUUUAGUGAACAAGAAAGGCAACAACAUUCCUGCCUAAAUGCCACAACAGAGCCCUUAUCUGGUCACCAUGUACAUAGAUAUCCUUCCUCCAAUUUGAAUUUUCACCAGUCUUCAAGUUUUCAAUUUAAGAGGAACAGCCCAGUAAUGUUUACAAAUGCUUCACCACAGAAUCUCAUCAAACCUGAACACUUGUGUAAGAAUCCUAGCACAUCAAUACCAAGUGGUCAUGCAGCUUGUGCAAAAAAAAUUUGCAAUUGUUCCAGAAGUCAUGCAACUGUUGGGUUAACCUACCAAGUUAAAGGACCAUUUUGUGUUUGUUCUUCUUGUGGGAUAAGCUAUGAAAACUCUGGUGAUUCCUUGAGUGAUUUUGAUUUGUCUGUUGAUUCGGCUGGUAUUGGUGGCCACAAAUGUCCUAAUUCACCAUCUGUUCGAGGACUCCUCAAUGAUGCAGACUGUGAGUAAAAUUUAUUCAAUUCCAUGUGUUGUCCUAUUUAGCUGUGAUUUUUUACAUUGAUUUAAGUAUUUUUGACUGGUUGAAUCCAACUAAUGAAUGACCUCUUGUGCAAAAGUUUUAUAAUGAGUGAUGAAUUAUAAUUUCUUUUUAAUCUUUAAAUUUAUUGUUUAUUUUACAUGUAUUUAGUAGUAACUUAUAUUGAAUUGUUAGUUUUAAAUUGUUACUGCUUGGCUGACACAUUUUCAUGCUUGUUUCCACUAAAUUUUAUAUUUUUUUAUGAUUACUUGGGAAGUAUGUGAGUACUCACCAGCUUAUUGAUAUUGUUAGCCCCCAAAGGAAUAAUCACAUGCUGCUGAUGUAUUAAAUGAGUACAGAUUAAAGUUAAAGGAAACAAGGUUUCCUUUUUCCAAUAUAUAAAGGCUGGUUCUUUGGAGAUCCUGUAAUAAAAAAAGCAAUAAGAGAAGCUGGAAGAAUUAAUUGUGUUUCUUGCUCAAAAAAGUUAUUUCAAUCUUGAUGUGUUCUACAUUGUAGCUUUGGCAUUCAAGAACUCUGUAACUGGCUCUCCUAGUCAAGCCCCAACGGUUCCAGAAGCUGAGCCUAUUGGAGUUUUCUGGGAUAUUGAAAAUUGCCCAGUUCCUCGUGGCAAAUCAGCGUCUGCUGUUGUUCAGAAGAUAAGGAAGGAAUUUUUCACUGGAAAGCGUGAGGUUGAGUUCAUGUGUGUUUGUGAUAUCAGUAAGGAAAAGAAGGAAAUAAUUGAAGAACUUAAUAAGGCUCAGGUAAGAUUUUCAGUUCUGAAAAUUUUUUAUCUUUGUUGCAUUUUCUCUAUUUAACAUAAUUAUUGAGUGAAUUGUAAGAGCUUCAAGAGACGUCUGACAUCAGGUCCUAUAUGCAUGUGCGUGGGGACCCUAUGCCCUUACUCGGCAAAUCCUGAUGACCAGUUACAAGCCCUAUGUCCAACAAGGAAGAAAUACAGGGAAACAAGGGAAGGCAAAGGGGGAAAACUGAUCGUGAAAUAAUUGUUUGUGCAAAAGAUAACUCAAAUAUAAAACUAGUAAAUUGAAGAUUGAAGUGUCCACUUGCAGGCAGAUAAUUAUCAAAUAGGCCAUUUUCCUUUGGCCUCUUUUUAAAAACAAGGCCUGGUGCUCAGCCCUUCUUUUGAGAAUUAAUUUAAUUUGUGUGUGAAUGAAAAUUUAUAAUCAUAAGAAAGGAUGAGAACCAGGACUUGCUUUGAAAAAGCAGCCAAAGUAAUUCAGAAAUGAAGUCUUUACUAAUAAUAUGAUGAGACACACACCUCUGAUAUGCUACUUGACUUUGUUAUCUUUUGAAUCUCAUCAAAAAAUUUUAGUACAUGCCUGAAAUAGUAUAUUAAGUACAUGCAGUAUCUCUUCUGCUGCAACAGCAAAAUCUUCUCCCCUGUAAUUUGAUGUAUAUUUGUGCCACAGGGUUUCAUUUUGCUGAAUUGAGAAUUUGGCAAAGGUAUUCGAGCUAAAAUAGAUGUUUGUGAUUAUAUCCUCACUUUUGGUUGGGAUGUAUUCGGUCAGGAGACCUACAUAAACAAAUCAGGUGUUAGUUGAUGGAUUAUAACGAACAAUAUUAAGUACAGCAAGUAUUUUGUGCAAUGAUCAGUGUAUCAUACAUUUACAUGUGUUUUGUUCCAUUAGUAUACAGAAUUUUGUGGAACAUAUUCAUCUACUAACCUAAAAUUAGAGUUCAAAUAGUGUCUUUUCUAAAACUUCAAACCCUUUUUUCUGACCUCUUUUUACAUUUAGGUUACUGUUGUUCACAUCAAUGCCACUUCAAAGAAUGCAGCUGAUGACAAGUUAAGGCAAAGCUUGAGAAGAUUUCCACAAUCAUACCCUCCCCCUGCCACUGUUAUUUUGGUGUCUGGGGACAUCAAUUUUGCUGCAGAGCUGUCAGAUUUACGUCAUCGACACAACCUCCAUGUGAUUUGUCUUCACAAUGCCCAAGCACAGGGUGCUUUGCUGGAAUGUGCUCAUGAGGCAAGAAGAUUUGAUCACUUCACUGCUGAUCUUCCUGUUGUAUUCCCUCCAAAGGUAAAAAAAAAUUUUUUUUCACUUUUGAUGCCAGUUUUUCACUUUGAGGACUUUGAGAACCUUGAGUUCAAUAAUUAUCUGGAAGCAGAAAUGAAUUAUAAUACAGUACUUAUUCAUGUUGGAGAUACUGUGCCCUUCUGGUUAGUGCAGUGGCCAGGUCAAUGUGUUGUGUUAUUAGGCAACACAGUUAACCCUUAAGCUUCCAUUAGUGACCAAGGUAGAAUUUCUCCUUAAAAUAUCAGUACAAAAUAUCAACCAGAUAAGUGAAGAGAAUAAAGAAAAAUAAUAAUUUGGGGAUAAUUAUUAGAUCCAAUACUAAAUUCUCUGAACUAACAUUAAAAGAACUGCAUAGUUCACAGUAAGGAGAAUUACAAAUUUGAUGUGGGAGUUGAAAGGUUAAGUCUCACUGUGUCUCUUUCUGCCCAGGAAUAUAAGUGGGUACUAGUGAAAUGUCAGGGAAGCCUGAUGAAAUGCUGGAGGAGUGGUGUGAUACAGACUUUUAUUACCUUUUGACUGCUUACAUGUAACCCUUUUGCUGCUUAUCAUACCGUACAUGUAGCGUAAUGUUGAGUGGAUCCUCAACCACUGAAACUCUGUGUAAAAGGAAACCAAAAACAUUUUGAGAUAUGUGUAGCAGUGGGAGACUUGACUACAAUUCAGCUUCAUUGUGCCAGUGAAUGACUAAACAAAUGUGUUACUUGGAAGGGAAAUGGCCUAAAGUUAAGAUUUUGAAGGUCUACACUUUAGCACAUUAGUUAAUUAUUUGUACAUUGCUCAGUUCGAUAAGACAAAACUUCAAUUUAUUGUUUGAAAAUUUUUUAGGCUCCUGAGGAGAAUGGCUUAUCCUCAGAGCUUCUUGUCCUCAAUCUUCCAAUGGGAAAAGAUGUUGCUCAAGUCAAGAACAGACUGAAAAAACUUUCUGAUAAUUGUGGAGGGAAAGUUGUAAGCAUCUCUGGGCGCACCUCAGUUCUGAGAUUUCCAAAUCCUGCCAGUGCUGCAAGGUAAGAAAGUGUAUGUUACUGUCACAGUGAUUUUAUUGCUAUAAAUUGUAAAUUACAACAUAGAUCAUGUUGAGGUUUGUGACAUUAAUGCAGUUUCAGCUCCAGAUACAGGAACAAAGAAACAUUUAGUAUACCCAAGAUCUAAUUCACCUCACUAACUGUUUCCUUAUUCCAGUUUUUCAAAUUCAUAGGACUGGUAUUUGCAUGAGGAAAUUGUUAUUACCUACAUGUAUUGGCAUUAUAGUUAAUGUGAAUUUUUUUUCUCUCAGGGCCAGGCGAAGAAUGGACAAAGAAGAUGUGUUUGGUUCCAAAAUCCAAGUGGUAUAUUCCACAAGUAGUCAUCAUUCAUAUAGCCCCCAGAAAAAUAAGAAAACACAGCCAAUGGAGGCUACUGGUGAUUCUGUCAAGGGCAGAGAUACUUGUAUGUCUCCAAAGUCUAUAUCCAGCACCUUACAAAAAGGAAGAGAGGAUUCCAGUUGUGCUUUGCUAGAUACUUUUGGCACUGAAGACACAAUCCCAUCCAGGAAUACUACAAAGAAAGAGAGCAAUCCCAGCCGAACACCUACAGAUGCAAGUCUUGACUCAGGGGACAGCACAGAAGAAAAUGACGCCAAACCAGGACCUACCCUUUCAUCUUCUACAGCCCCUCAGUUUAUCAGCCAUCAGGCAAUGUUCAGUAAUGGUUCCUACACCGGCAUAUGGCCACACUCUAUUUACCCGAACUUCAUGAAUAUUCCAACACAAGGGACAAGUUUUCCAGGAAUCACUCCUCUUGCCCCAUCCAUGAUGGGGGCACCACAACUUGCAGCAUCGUGGCUAGCCAGCUUGCAUAACUUUACCGUGUUAGACCAGCAGCGGGGCGGAAUAGACUUACUCGUCACUAAUUUGGAUGAAAAUGUUAGCAAGAAAGAACUGAAAAAGAAGUUGGCAUCUGUGUUUCGAGAGCACUGUAAGGUGGGAUGAUUUGCAUUAUGAAGAGCAUUUUGUAUGCUUUUACACUCAGUAAAACUGUGCGUGGAUGCGAUAACAUAUUACAACAUUCAGAAUUAAAUAUGCUGUUAGGUUUUCAACUUGCAUGUGAUGUUUAUCAAAAAAGCUGUCUAGUAAGUGUACAUCGACAGCCUUUCGUGUGUUGUAGAUUUACAAUAUUCUUUGUUUCUGCUUGCAGGUAUUGUCUGUUAUUCUUCAUAGUGGAGAAGGCAUCCCUUUGAGAGCUUUUGUUAAAGUUCCAAAACUGUCGGACGCUCACCUAGCCAUCUGCAAAGUUCAUCAGAAGAAAAUUUUUAACACCUGCGUGGCUGUCAACAUAGCCACAGACAAAGAGAAAGAACUGUGCUUCUUGCGCUGUGAAGUAACUUCUAUACUGAAAGAGGCGCCUUUACACUUCCUACCUUUAAACAAAUUCCUGAGUGAUUACUAUGAGAAGUGUUCCCGAGCGUUUGAUAUGACUUCCAUAGGAGUUAUCCACGACCUGGUUGUUCUGACUGGCAAACCUGGUAAUCAAGCGAUAAGUCUGGUUACUCGGGCCAUUGGCGGCGUGAAAGUGUCUGUAGAACCUGACCAGUUUGCAAACGAUGUCCACACUCUUCUUAAAUCCAGUGAAGGAUCGUUGCCUUUGGUUAGUUUUGCUGCAUCCUAUUGGCUAAACUUCGAUAGGAAGAUAGAGUCUAACGAUGAGGGGUCUGCACUUAUGGAAGUUCUCAACUGCGUUCCAAAUGUCAAGGUCACAGAGUCUUUGAUGGUGUCAUGGGCUAAACAAGCUCUCAAACAUGGUAUGGAGUGUUGUUAUUAUUAUGUUUUUUUUUUAGGUUUGGUUUGUUUAUUUGUUUGUUUUUCUUGUGUUUUCUUUUUGAGCGUUUUUUUUUUCACUUGUGAAUUUUUCAUAGGUGUUUUCAUGUGCUAAUAAAGCUCUCUGACUUAAAUGGCGAAAUGUUUUUUUCAUGGUCUAAAUUUGCAAGGCGUGUUUGUACAUUCGCUUGCAAGUAUUUUCAUGUACGGAACAUGCAUUUUACUGUAUUAUGAGUGUGUGUGUGGUUUGUUUGUCAUCUGUAGUACCCACAUAUUCAAGCCCUUCUGUCUCUUUUUACCCUAAAGUUAGCUCUUCAACUUGAAAACGUCGCCUAAAUUUAAUUUUUUUUGCAUCAUCCACCUACAUUUUAAAUACACUUAUAUGUAUGACAUCAAAUGGUGUAGCAUACAGAAGCUUUUUCUUUUUCUUUUUCUUUUUUUUCACUAACAGGCGGGAAUGUAAGCAAGCUUCUUGAAUUCAGUAAAGAUCUGCAGGAGUUAUUACAGAUGCAGGUGGAAUUCAAACUCCCUCUCAGCUCGCUUAUCUCAGAGUAUCAGUCGUGGUUUGACAAGAAGACGCCAUUUGAUCCAGCUGUCUAUGGGUUCACUUCGGUCGUCACCCUCCUGGAAGCGUUGCCAGCUGUGGCGGAGGUUUGUACUGUACAGUGACCCUUUGACUCCUAAGAGUGAUUAUCAUUUAAUUUCUCCUUACAUUAUCAUCCUAAAUCACAAAGUAAGGUCACGAGAAGAAAGGCAAUGUUUACCAACUAAAGAAACUUUUGAUUGUUAAACAAAUUCUCCUUGUUCGGCAUCCUCUUGGGAAUGUAUAGAGAACAGUUUGGAGAGUAUGCAUACUCAUAUUUAGGGUGUAAAGGGUUGACUAGGUGUGAGACUCUGUAGUGAAUAUGAUGCAGGCGAGGAAAUAUGUUGUUGGUCUUGUCAUGAGCGUAAAACAAAGGAGAAAUCUGAAUUCCGCUCGGGGAGUCGAACUUGAGAUCUUUGGAUUUGGCACUCCGAUGCUUUACCUCGAUUUCUUUCAUACAAGAGUUCCCAUUCAAACCCUCGCAGUUCUUCCGAUCUCUGACAGUAGUUUGUAUAAAACCUCAAAAAGUAAUACGAGAAAAUGAAAGAAACUAUCGAGAUCGCAUUCGUGGAUCUAUUCAGAAGAAGUUCUUCCAGAUUGACGAACAAAUUCUUAAACUUGAUAAUCUGGUUUUAUCAACUGAGUCGAUGAUGUAGAAUGACCACCAUACAGAGUUCUGAAGCUGAUGUUUCGAGCGUUAGUCCUUCGUCGUUCGCUCUGACUAAGGGUUAACGCUCAAAACGUACCUCUAGAAACUCUUUACGGUGGCCAGUCUACAUUAUCAACUUAGUUAAUAAAACCAAAUUAUCUAGUUACUCUCCCCUACCGACGCAGCACCAUGGUUUCUUUAGAAACUUACCUCCUUAAUUCUUAAACUGUUUGAUUCCAAGAAUGAGAAAUAAAGAAUUUAAAACUAGACCAGUCAAGACCUAUCGCUCUGACGAAGGGCUAACGCUCGAAACGUCCGCUUUUAAACUCUUUACGGUGGCCAAUUUACGUUAUCAACUCAGGUAAUAAUACUUAAUUACUCUCAAAUAAAGUAUAUUAAAGUUCACAUGGCAACCAGGUGGACAACCAGACAUGGUUUGAUGUUACUCUGAUUUACAGAUUUAAUGAAUCUAACCGAAGAAGUUACAAUUUAUUGAGCCAAAUGUAAAUUCUUCGGUUAUAAUCAUGAAAUCUGUAAACCAGAGUAGCAUCAAAACAUGACUUAAUUACUCUGUUAGAUCAAUCAGCUUUCACGAAACAGAUCCUACUCAUCACGCGACUCCGAUGAUGACUUACGAUCGCUUGUUGAGAGAUCUAUGACUGUCAUCAACAUUAGAUCCUAGGACUACCCUCACCCAGAUGGGUCAACUUUUGCUAAUGAGUUCAAGCCAUAUUAGGUUGUCAUUCUAUAUCAUUUCAACUCUUCUACUUUUUUACGCGCUUCAGAUUACGCAACAAGGCAAAGAAAGAUGGCUUGUCCUUUCACAGCGCUUGAAAAUCAAAGCCUUUGCAAAAAAUGUCAAAAUGCUCUUGGAAAGUCAACCGGAUGGCGUAAUUGCUUUGGGAAACUUUGUGUCAACUUACAUGAAAUUCUUCGGCCAGAAAUGCAAGAUUGCAACAUUUGGUUUCUCCAAGCUGACAGACUUGAUUGAAGUUGUGCCCAAUGUCGCUAAGGUUUGUUAGCAGCUUGUACCAAUUUUUGGAUAUCCUUAUGCAGUCAUGGUGGAGUUUUGAAAUCACUUGUUUGUUGGGAGUCUCAGUCAGUGAUGUUCACUGUUGAACGAACAGAUCCUUUGUUAUAGUACAUUUGUUCACUAAUAGAUAAAUGUAAGUUAUCAUAUCGAUUUGUGAUUGUGGAUGCGUCUCUCAAGUUCUUACCACAGUUCGAAAUCCAGAUCCGCAAAUUUUCGGGAUAGCAGACCUGAAUUCAACUCAAUUAAACACGUAAUUUUUUAAAUUGUCUAUUAGAUCCAAGGAACUGGAGAUCAGCGAUUGAUUUGUUUAGUGGAAAAAGGUAUAUUUAUUUAUUUUAGACUGAAUAUUCUUCCUAGAUUUGUUUCGUAAGUUAGUAAGAGUUCAUAUACUUAAAUUUGUUUUAAAGUCAUUACCACAAAAAAUUUUUUUUCUCCAUUGAGUUUGUGUUUUUUUGUCACUUCAUUUGAACAUCCUUUUUUACAGACAAGAGCUUGAAACCUGAGAAGCGGAGCGAUAAGCAAACUCUGGUCAAAGAACUCAAAGAAUUAUUGUCCAGCUGUGAAAAUCAGAGGCUUCCUGUUGCCACAGUUCUUGCUCGAUAUUAUCAACAUUUUGGCCGACUGCUCAAAAUUGGAGAUUAUGGUGCGCUGCGUCUUGAAGACUUUGUGGAGAGUUCACCAUCACUACAGGUCAGUGUUUGUACCUAUUUAUUUACUGUUGGUGUGAAGCUCUCGGCCUUAAGUUACAUUGAUCUUCUCCAUGGUUUCUCUUAGAUCAUAGAGAUAUCUGGGGAAAAAUACCUGACCCUCCCUCCCAAAGUCACAGUACAGUCUUUGCGAAGAGAUUUGGUAGAGCUGCUGGGACAACAGGAUGGCAAAUUUCUGCCGAUUUCUCGCCUUGCUUCCACUUUCCGUAAACAUUACAGCCGGAAAUUUCCCCUGGGACAAGCCAAACUUGAGGAAUUUCUUCGAAGUUUGGAGGGAGUAGUAAAGGUUUGUAUGGAUUGACAUAGAAACAGAAAAUAAAGUUGUCUUUUAAACUGCGUUUGCCAAGGAUCUAAAUUGCAGUUCUCAUAAAUUUGUUUUUGAAAAGAACUUGGUGUUAAAUCAAUAUUUCUCCUUCUUGCUAUCAAUUUUGUUCCUUCUUAACUGGAUGGUGUAUUUUAAAUUGCAUUUUUAGCGGUAAUAAUUUUCUAAUGCACCUGUGGAAAAUGUUUGUUUCUUUAACUUCACUGAAGGGUAAUCAAUCAGAAAAGGAGAUGUUAAAUAGAUGAUGAUGAUGAUGAUGAUUGAUCUCUAUAACAAAUCGAUUACAAGACUUGAGUCGCGUGUCAUUGGUGAUAUCGAUAAUCAUAAGUAAUCGGUUUUAUUGAUAUCAAGUGGUAUUUCUAUUAAGAUGAUUCAAAUUUCGAUAAAUUUAUUUCAGGUCAAAGGAUCCGGGAAUGAUAGAAUUUUACUCCUUCCACUUUUGCCAGCGAAAGGUUUGUUAUAUGUGUGAAAACUGAUGGAAUCCUUUCUUUUUUUUCCUGCUGAGAUGAGAGAUAUUGCUUUUUAGACUUAUUUCCAUUCAAUUGCUUGACUUCGUGCCUCAGGAAAAUGAAGGACGAGGGAAGCAGGUUCUCAAAGUUCAAAGAAAAUUCAGUGAAUUUUCCUUCAAGACAGGGAAAAUUGAAAUUUCUUUGUCAGACCCUAUCUUAAAUGUGUGUGGUUUUUUUGUUCGUAUAUGAGUAGAAGUGUAGAAGACGGCCGUUAUGGUAGACUAUAGGCUGCCACUGUACAGUUAAGUAUGCUAGACUAUACUUAUUUGGUCAGUGGCAAGAGAUUAUAAACUUUACGAUCUCUUGGUCAGUGUUCUUGGAUGAGCUAGAGGACUUUUAAAAGCAUGUUUGUUUCAGCAUUAGAUACAACACGACAAUUACUCUCAGGUUGAAGUAGAGCUAUUAAUACCUUGCAGAUAAAACUUCUCCCAAGUUGCAACCGCUCGCUGAUAAAAUCACUAAUUUACUGCUGAAGUAUCCUGGCUGUAGGGUGGCGGAGUUUGCUUUCGCUGAUAUCUUCUUGCGGGAGUAUGGGCAAAUGUUAAAACCUAAGGACUGGGGCUUCACUACCAUGGCUUCCUUACUACAAGCACUUGGAGAUGUUUUGGAGGUCAGAUAUGGCUCUCAGAUUCUUUGCUGAUAAUUGAAUCAACAGUCUCUUCGAUAUUUGGUUUUGUAUGAAGGACAGUCUUAUUAAAGAAAGAGAUUUGAAAGAUUUCAACUUUUCUCCCACUACCUAGCCGAAUCUUUGUUAUUUCGCUUCUUGCAUACGAAGGCCCUGGUGUCAUAGAAACAUACUUCAUAUCAGAAUAAAGCCUCGUCAAUUCUAACGGUGCCAUUUCACCUUUGCUUCUGCAGAUCCAAGGCAGCGGCAACAUGGCUGCAGUUUGCCUUAAACAUGAACAUCUUCUGGAGGUGUUUUCACGUCGUGUUAUUCAUGUGUUAACCGAGCAGUCUGAUAAAAGUAUUCCCUUGUCCAAGUUCGUCACUGCUUAUGAGAAACUUUGUAAGCACAAGCUGCGCGUACAGAACUUUGGUUUUGCGUCACUUGAAGAUAUGUUACUUGCAGUUUCACCCGUAGUUAAGGUACUCAAAAUAUUAAUGCCUUGUUCUAUCUUUAUUGAACUAAAGAAAAAGUUGAGCCUUUGAUCUUGCAGUCAGAGUAAUUAUAGGUGCUCGGGAAAAUUAGAGUACAAAUGUGAAGCAAACCCAUUACCUUGUUUAUUCUUGUGCGAUGAUGCUCCACAAACCGAGUCAUGUGCCUACUCAGUACACAACGGUGAGAUCCGAUGUAAUGACAUAGGAUCUACGCGAAAUUUUAAGCCAUAUUCAGGGCUUCGAGGGGGUUUAGGUUACUUAUGUUCUCUGAAAAAUUAAAUGGUUGGAGAUACAUUAAAGAUCAGUGCCGGCGACCUGUUUAGUCAUGGUUUUUACCUCUUCAUCAGGUCGAUACGAAAGGAGACAAACUGUCCCUGACGCUGCUUCAAACUUUUGCUAUCGAAACAAGGGAUCUUCUGAAACAUCUCAAUGGAUGUGUUUCUCUAAACCGCUUUGCGCCAAACUUCCAGCAGUUGUACGGUCAACCCUGCAAAGCGUCUGAUUACGGCUUUAGUCGCAUAUCGGAAGUGAUAGACGCAGUGUCCAAUGUGGCUGAAAUACGCGGCAAGGGUGCAGAGAAGAUGGUUGUCUUGGUCGAUGGGGACAACGUGAGUCUGCUUGGCCCUGGAAGUAAGAUGAAGUUACUUUUCUUUUUAUUAUUUUUUACAGUGUUGUGGCACUGGCAUUGAAUUUUGUAAAAUCUCUGUGCAUACAUGGGAACUGUAACAAGAAGACAGGAUGGGUUGUAUUGGACCUUACGUUGUUGCAGCCUCAGAGCACUCAAAUCAUUGUAGUGAAGGAGGAACUUUAAGCUAUGUGUGUAUCUACUUACGUUUCUUUGGUUAAAUUUCAUGUUGAGUUGGGUUUUUUUUUAACUUGUUACAGAUACAGGGCAAACGAAAGCUGGAACGAAGGACUGCAGAUUAAGCGACUCGCCCUCUGCUGCAGUGGAGGAAGGUAGGAUUUCAAACGAAUCCAGCGGGAUGUAGAGUCUUUAUUUUACCCAGCUAAAAAAUAAAGAAGCAAACAACAAGAGUAACUGCUUAUCUCGCUUUCCGUUUUGUUCAAAUUGCAGAGGAUGAGGUCGUAGUGAUCAUUGAUGACAAAGAGGAAGAGGGUGAGUUCACAGUUUCCCUAAAAGAAAGCCAAUUUAUAACUUCAGAUGAAACAUUUAUUUGCCGUAGGAGAACGAACCAUGUGCACGAAGGAUUCGGAUGGAAAUGUCAGGCAUAAACAUGUCAUAGCUGUACGUGGAUUUUAAGAAAGGGGAAUAGUGUUUGGCGAACUGUUUGGAUUUUUUUUCUUUGUGCGCGGAAUUCCGAUUUUCCCUUGUGAACUGCAAGCAACCCGCUUAAUUCUUCCUCCCAAAAAUUAUGAUGACUAUCAUUGGUAUCUCUGCCAGUUGGCAGUUAUCCAUAUUUGUUAUCAUAAGAGUUGUGGCGAGGAUAAACCGCUUUACGCCUAACACAUAGUUUAAAAAAUCAGUCAGUGUUUGAAACCUGACAUGCCGAUCAAAGAUUUGACUUCCACAGCUCCCUCCACUAUCACAGCUCGAGGAUUUACUUUACCUCCCUCUGUGAGAGUGUUGCUGCGUGAGUAGACAUCGCUUUGUUUUCUUACUACGUUUAUAUGUUCAUUUUUGCGUAGAUUUGAUAAUUCUUGAUGGUGAAGCCUCCGGCACCUUUCCAGACCAGACUGUGACCGAUGACUGGCUGAUGGCACCAGUGCCCGAGACUCUCCCAGAACCGGAGCUGCAGCCUGCCAUCCCUGAGCCACCUCCUGUGGGAGAUCUGAUAUCCUUCACUGAGUUUGACAUGGAGGUGCUGUUAGAAGCCAUGGAUGACGCAGGAAUUUCUGACACCUUGGGUAAUGUGGCGGGAGGUGACUUGACUGAGUUAUUAGCAGAAUCCAAUGAACUGUCAGGAGAAUACAACGGUGCAAGAUCACCUCAGCCCAACUUCUCCGACAGGCUUUCUCCCAAUGGUAAGUCCUCGUCGUCCCGUACGGAUCUAAAAGAUUUGGAGUUUGCCUUUGUAUCACCAGCACGUAUAAGGAAUGCAACACAGAUGCAGGCCAGUCCAUCUCCUCGUAAGGCUGGGGUUUUGUUCCUCUCGGAAGUGGAAGCUGAUAUCCUGUCUGACUGUCAGCCAGAAUCGGAAUUUUCAAGAAAUCUCGCCGCGUCAUUUGGAGAGGAAGAAGUUGAAAAGCCUGCUGUCCAGCGAAAGAUUUCUGAUGAGAACAGGAGAGCAGAACCUAGAAAGUUCUCUGCUCCGAAAGUCAAGUUGGCUGUUAAUUUCAGCAAGACGCCAAACAAAUGA